AUGGCGGUGGUUCUGGAUGCCUUUGCAUCUUACGUCACUAGCUUGCUUACAGAGAUGGCACAAGAAGAAGUGGGAAUGUUGCUGGGUGUUGCCGGUGAGAUUGACAGCCUGGGCGUCAAGCUCAGGGACCUCAAGAACUUACUCGCUGAUGCUGACAGGAGGAACAUCACCGAUCAGAGCGUGCAGGGGUGGGUGAAAGAGCUCAAGGAUGCCAUGUAUGAUGCAAUUGACAUCCUUGACCUGUGUCAACUCAUGGCCAUGGAGCGUGGUGCGUCAUCUGUGAGCAUGCCUGGUCAGCAUGGUUGCUGCAAUCCAUUACUCUUCUGCCUGCAGAAUCCUGUCUUUGCCCAUAAAAUCGGCAGCCAAAUUACGGCGCUGAACCAGAGGCUGGAUAGCAUCAUGGAGAGGAGUGCUCAGUUCAGGUUCGUUAACCUCAGCUCCUACAUGGAGCGUAAUAGCAAGGUGACCUCUCACUCAGCUGGCAAUCGUGAGACAACAGGGGAGCCUACACGGUCAGAUGUGGUGGUUGGUGAGAAGAUUAAAGAAGACACAAGAGAACUCGUAGAGAUGCUAACAGAAAAAGAGGGCAGCAAGAGAGAAAUUAUGGUGACUGCCAUCGUGGGUGUUGGCGGCAUUGGCAAGACCACCCUCGCCCGUGAGAUCUUCAACCAUGAGACCAUCAAGGACAAGUUCGAAAAGAGGAUAUGGCUGAGCAUCAAUCAAGACUUUGACAAGGUUGAGCUGCUCCGAACCGCCAUCACACUAGCUGGGGAAGACCACCAUGGCGAAAAAGCAAUGGCUGUGCUCCAGCCAGCCCUUGCUGCUGCCUUGACAGGGAAGAAGCUGUUGCUGGUCAUGGAUGAUGUGUGGAGCCACAAGGCAUGGGAGGAUGUGCUUGAAACUCCCUUGGUCAAUGCUGUGCUUCGAGAAGGUAGCCGGGUCAUCGUCACCACGAGAGAUGAAAGAGUCGCCCGAGCAAUGAAAGCAGCGCAUCCCUACCACCAUGUCGACAAACUGAGCCAUACAGAUGCCUGGUCAUUACUCAAGAAACAGGUAGUCUCAAAUGAGAUACAUGAAGCUGAUAUUGAGAUGCUGAAGGAUAUCGGAAUGAAAAUUAUAGCAAAAUGUGAUGGCUUGCCACUUGCAGUGAAAGUGAUGGGAGGGCUCUUGUGCCAGAAAGAGAGAAAUAGAAGUGACUGGGAGAAAGUUAUGAAUGAUUCUGCAUGGUCGGUUGCUGGAAUGCCAGAAGAGCUAAACUAUGCUGUAUACCUAAGCUACGAAAAUCUCUCUCCUUGUUUGAAGCAAUGCUUUCUGCACUACUCCCUUCUCCCCAAAAAUAUAGUAUUUGGUUAUGAUAUAAUUGUUGGAAUGUGGAUCAGUGAAGGUUUUGUUCAUGGAAGCUCAUUAGAUGAACUAGAAGAAACAGGAAGACAUUACUACAAGGAGUUAAUUGUGAGGAACCUCAUAGAGCCAGACAAAGAGUAUAUCGAUCAAUAUCAUUGUACCAUGCAUGAUGUUGUUCGCUCAUUUGGUCAAUGUGUGGCGGGAGAUGAAUCGCUAGUAGCUCACAAUGAGGAAAUUGGUAACAUCAGUAAACUCAAUACGCAAAAGUUUCUUCGGCUGUGUAUAGAAACAAGAGGGUCUGAAUCAGGUGAAUUACAGUGGAGCAUGUUACAAGCACAAAGACAUCUGAGAACACUAAUAACAUUUGGCCAUUUCAAUAUUAAGCCUGGUGAUUCGCUAAUUGCUUUUCCAAGCCUCCGGACCUUGCAUAUACAAUCUUCAAAUGUUGCCGCACUGGUUGACUCUCUGUAUCAACUGAAGCACUUGAGGUAUUUGUCCAUACGUUACUGUGACAUAUCUAGACUACCAGAAAAGAUUGGCAAAAUGAAAUUCUUGCAGCUCAUUAGCCUUAGAGGAUGUGAAAAUCUGACAAAACUUCCUGACAGUAUUGUAAAGUUAGGACACCUAAGGUAUCUAAGCCUUACCGGCACAAGUAUAACUGAUGGUAUACCUAGGGGUUUUGGUGGCUUAACAAAUUUGAGGAAACUAUAUGGGUUUCCAGCCCACAUGCAUGGCAAUUGGUGUAGUUUGGAAGAGUUAGGCCCCCUUUCCCAGCUCAGGGAUCUUGCUAUAAAAGGCCUCGACAAUGUAUCUGCCACCUCAUUUGCAGCAAAGGCGAGGCUUGGCGCCAAGGAGCAUCUGACCUAUUUGACUUUAGGAUGCAGCAGUAAACUAGGUGAUGCUGGGUUGAUCUCAGAAGAAGGAAGCAUCUCUGAGGAGGAGCAGCGGCGAAUCGAAGAGGUGUUUGAUGAGCUAUGCCCUCCACCGUCUUUAGAGAACCUCGAUAUCGGAGGAUAUUUUGGUCAGCGUCUCCCAAGGUGGAUGAUGUCGUCAAAGGCACUGGUGGCCCUUAAGUUCCUGAGGUUUCUAACAAUGGAUGACCUUCCCUUUUGUGCCCAGCUCCCUGAUGGUUUAUGUCAGCUCCCCUGUUUGCAGCUCCUGCAGGUUGACCACGCUCCAGCCAUCAAGCGUGUGGGACCUGAUUUCCAGGGGCCCUACCAUCAUCAUUGUCAUGGUCAUCCAUCUCAGGCAGGGGCAAUUUUUCCUAGAUUGCAUAGGCUGGAGUUCAUUGGAAUGGUGGAGUGGGAGGAGUGGGAGUGGGAGGAGCAAACUUUUGUGCAAGCCAUGCCUGUUUUGGAGCUGCUCCUGCUGAAGAGGUGCAAGUUGACGCGCAUUCCGCCUGGUCUUGUGUAUCAUGCGAGGGCUCUUAAGAAGUUGUGCGUAUAUGAGGUUCAACAACUCAGCUCUCUGAAGAAUUUGACUUCCAUAGUUGAGCUUGACGUGUUUCACAACCCUAACCUGGAGAGUAUAACUAACCUCCCAAGAUUGCAAAAGCUUACAAUUUGUAAGUGCGAAAAGAUGAAAUUUCUGCAUGGCAUGCCCUCAAUCCAGAGGGUCGGGCUGGAGGAUUACCACAUGGAAACAUUCCCAAGGUACUUGCAAAAUGUGAGUCCUAAGCACCUCCUACUGGACUGCAGUCGAGCACUGCUCACUUCCAUAGCCACUGCACAAUCUGGCACCGAGUGGGACAAGGUGAAACAUAUCCAGCAAGUCAGUGCUUACGCGCGUGAUGGACCCAAUCCAAGGAAAUGGUAUGUGUUCUCCACGAGAGAACCCGAAAACUUCGAGACUAACAUCAUCGGCAGCUCAUCCAAACCUGGAGGUACUUAA